AUGAAUCGGCCAUCGACGUCUCUUUUUGCCGCCCGCUCAAUGGUGCUGGGAUUGGCCAAGUGCAUAUUUCUCACGUUUUUCCAUCUACCUCUCACAACGGCUGCGCCCGUAUUUUCGACCUACCUUACCUCUCAUGACGUCGAUUCCCCGAAAGAGCCUAACGAUCCGAGUCUAUGGCUGUACCUUGGAAUCUCAGCGGCCCUUGUCCUCAGUGGCGGGGCCUUUGCAGGGCUUACAAUCGCUUUGAUGGGACAAGAUGAAGUGUAUCUCCAAGUGAUUCAAACUUCCGGCGAAGAAUCCGAGAAGAAGAAUGCAGCCAGUGUUCUGAACCUGUUGAAGCGUGGAAAACAUUGGGUACUUGUGACUCUCCUGCUCAGCAACGUGAUCACCAACGAGACUCUACCUAUUGUCCUCGAUCGGACCCUUGGCGGUGGAUGGCCGGCAGUCCUAGGAAGUACUGCAUUGAUUGUUAUCUUCGGCGAGGUCGUCCCCCAAUCGAUCUGUGUUCGUUAUGGUUUGCCAAUCGGAGCCUGGAUGGCACCUUGUGUGCUGGUUCUGAUGUAUGUCAUGUCCCCGGUUGCUUGGCCAGUUGCAAAAUUGCUGGACCGACUUCUCGGCGAGGAUCAUGGCACGAUCUACAAAAAGGCUGGGCUGAAGACCCUGGUCACUCUGCACAGAACUCUGGGUGAAGCUGGAGAGCAACUCACAUCCGACGAAGUUACAAUAAUCAGCGCUGUACUGGAUCUGAAGGAAAAAUCAGUUGGAAGUAUCAUGACGCCAAUGGAAGAUGUGUUCACAAUGUCCGCCGACACAGUGUUGGACGAACGCACAAUGGAUGUCAUUCUAUCCCAAGGAUACUCUCGAAUCCCGAUUCACGCACCUGAAAACCCCAUGAAUUUUGUUGGAAUGCUUCUUGUCAAGAUGCUGAUCACGUAUGAUCCCGAAGACUGCAAACGUGUUCGCGAUUUUGCCCUGGCUACACUGCCAGAAACCCGACCGGAAACCUCCUGUUUAGACAUUGUCAAUUUUUUCCAAGAAGGCAAAUCUCACAUGGUCCUGGUGUCGGAGUACCCCAGCGAAGAUCGGGGUGCCCUUGGAGUGGUCACCCUCGAAGAUGUGAUUGAAGAAUUAAUUGGAGAGUAUGUUGUACAAUUUUUCCAUCCCGGCUCUUUCCAUUUUACUAACGUCAAAUACAGAGAAAUCAUCGAUGAAUCUGACGUGUUUAUUGACGUUCACAAAGCUAUCCGUCGUAUGGCCCCUGCGCCUAAAUCCCGAGUACCAAAGGGGAAAAUCGUUGAAGAACCCCCUAUGGGGACUCCUGUUGUUGAUGGGGAGUUGCUCGACGAAGAUGACACCGUUUUCUCUUCAGCGCCAAAUGCUUCUGAUCUUCUACGUCGUCGCAGUUCUGUCGAGGCGCCCCCUCCCCGAUUCCAACUACGCAAGCAUGCGGACGACCAAAAUACUGACACAUCGGAUAUCUGGAUCACACAAAGAGGAGCCACUGAUGAAAUUCGAGAACACUUGAAACAUUUGGGUCCUUCAAACCUCGCAAGUCGACCUCGCCAAACCCGUUACCACACUGUGAAAAUCAAACGCAGCGGUACCUCACCCUCACGCUCGGCUCAAACUGAUUUUGAAUCUGGUCAAAGUACAUCUGAGUCCCAUCCACAUCUGCCUGCCAUUGGCUACCAAGGCGGUAUCGGUGCAGGCCUUGUUAGUCCAGGAUGUGAGGCCAAGGAUGGCGCUCACGCGUUAAAGAUUGGCUAUGGCACCAUCACACCCCACGACACCGUUACCAAAAGUACAAGUUCUCAACAAUUCAAAGAUCUCCCACAUGUCUCGAUACCCGACUCGGUCCGCGAAGAGUGGGAAGGACAACCCCGCUCCGCCUCCACACAAAAAGGCAGCAGUCCCACUGCCAGUGUCAAAUCCAACGAAUCACGAUCAGAAUUCAUUUAUCACCACCGUGGCCCGGCCCGGAGUGGCAGCAUAACUGAACAGAUAGUGGACGUCAACGGCAUCCGCAAGGUUGUGCUUCACACAACCGGCACCAGCUCUUCCGAAAGUGAAGAUAAAAAUGCCGGCACGCAAACUAAAAAUGGCGUAAGUGAUCUAGAGGCAGAUCACUCUGAGCCCGCGAGCUCUCACUCAAACGCCAAGAAGAGACGCCGUCGCAAGAAGCGUGGCCAGAAUUCCAAGUAUGAAGAUGGAAAAAGUGGUGAAAAUCAACCUCUUCUCCGAUGA